AUAAGAUGGAUGGAACUGAGCAAUGUUGCGGCAGUUUUUCGGUGGAUUUUUCCCGUCUUGCGUCUUAACGAAGAAGAAGAAAACUAUCAGCCGAGCUUGUGGUGGAAAACACGAAGAAGAGCAACUAGCAGCCGCUAGACAACAAUCCGACGAGUAUUUCGCCAAUGCUUAUGGGUACACUCCCAAUCCAUGGGAUUCUUCUUACUAUCAGCCGAACUCUCAAGAAUAUUUCAGUUCACUCCAGAGUCAAAGCCCCUUCACUAGAACAAAUGUUUAUCCAUUCGACAAAUAUUUCGUGACUAAAAACGACGAUGAAGAGAAUUCGGAAGGACGUCUUGUUGGUGGUCUGGGCGCCAAUUUGAUCAACACGGGUCUAUUCAACAAUCGAUUCACUCCGGCCAAUACUUGGAGGCCCUUUGCUAAUUUAGCCAACAGAAUCCCAAUAACCGUGAAUCCCAAUUUUGACAAUCCACUUGCCACCUUCGAUGCGUGUACGUCACCCAGCGGCGACGCCGGAAUCUGUGCUCCGGGAAACAUUUGCUCAUUAUUCGGUGGAAGGCCAAGUGGUUCCUGCGUCCUCGGAAAAGUCUGUUGCAUCAACGCAAUAACAACUUGUGGUGGAACUGUGACGUUAAACAACACUUAUUGGCAAUCUCCCUCUACUCCGGUUACCGCCCCAUCCAGCUGUGCAUUGACUGUCCGCAUGGACACUAAACUGGUCGAACAAUUAGCCAAACCCAUUUGCCAAAUUCGUCUGGAUUUUGUUUCCUUCACUACGGCUCAGCCAACAGCCGGAACCUGCACCGACACUUUUACAGUCAGCGGAACAACAUCAACCGUGGCACCAACUAUUUGUGGCGAGAAUGCUGGGCAACACAUGUACCUUGACGUCCCGUCGUCGGCUAUUACCCCGAGCAAUGUCCAACUGAUGUUCACUUUUGCAACUGGAACAACAACCACUCGCGGAUGGAACAUCAAAAUCGCUAUGCUCCCUUGUGGCGCCUCCUAUCUCGCUCCGACGGAUUGCCUUCAAUAUUUUAGUUCUGCUGCGGGCAGGGUUCGCUCGUUCAACUGGCAGGACGUCGCAGGAACCGCAGCACCGCUUCAGCUCAACAAUCAAAACUACAACAUUUGCUUCCGGACUGAACUCGUUUCAGGAUCGCGAGCAACUCAAAUGUGCGUGACAACUUGUCAAGUGACAAAUGGAGACGCUUUUUUUAUAACGACAGUACCCCCCGGUGUCGCCGACGUCGCCCUCGCGGGUGCCCCCCAGUUUGCUUCAACUUUUUCUGCUGUGGGCACAACUUUUCUGGAUGCAUCCGGUGCGAAUCCAGUAACUGGCGCCGUUUGUCUCUACGAUUUCCUUCUGAUUGCUGGUGGCAGAGAUGCCAACGGAGUGGAAGCCGACCGAUACUGUGGAAACGCAUUGAAUCCAGCUCCCAUACCAACAGCUUUUGCUGUUGCCAAUGCGUUGGUCCCAGCUCCCGGAACUCCAUUAACGGCUGAUGUACCAGGUGGUUCGACCGCAAGCGUCCAAGUGUGCACUCCAGUCAGGCCGUUUAAGAUGACUUACCGAACCGACAAUACUGAAGGGGCGAUUACAGUUGUGAAUGCUCCUACGGUUCCUGUUGUGGCUUCGCCCGAUGUAGGCAUUCCAAACGUUAACGGAAAUACUGGAUUCUGCCUUGAUUACCAAGAACGAUAGACAACUAAUAACAGAAUACCGCGCUCCGAUGAACUCCUGAUGUGUUAUUUCGUUAUAACAAGUUGCUUCAUCGAAAAAUUUAAAGCUCUUUCGUUUUAUUGUUAGUUAUUUGUUUGCUGGUGGCGGAUUUCGAUUGAAUUUCCCUAUGGGUCUACAAAUGCUUUUUUGAUCAGUUUAAAAUAUUAGCACUGUUUAACCUUACAGUACUGAAUUAUCAUUUGAGUUACGGCAUUUGACUUUCGUGCUCCUUUGAAAUAAACAACAUUCUACUUGAA